AUGGAGGCAUCGCCCCUCACCCAGCAGAUUAGACCCGAAACCUUCCAGCCCAAGAUUGUGCAGCUCUACGAGGCGCUUUUCAAAUCACCUGAAGAUGCAGAACCUUCAGAAGGUUUUUGGAGAGAAUUUUUCUUGUUACCACCAGAUGGAAACCAACUGCAUGAUUUGCUAGACAAGUUGAGCCCCGACGAGACUUUAAGCUUACAGUCUCAAACACAACGUUUAUUUGCAAGAGCUAUUCGUGAAGCUGCCUCUGGAGUCGCACCAACAGAUUCCUAUGCUUUAGAUACUUUGACAAUAUUUUUGACCAGCAUUCUGGGCAAAAAGUAUACAAACCCUAGCUCAGAUGUGAUCACCGCCCUUGCAGGGCUUGAUGAGGUUGACCAUGUCAUCUCAGAGUUUGUUUCUAUGCUCGAUGGGAUCAUUCGCAAUGGCGAUAAUUUGAAAACACGACGGAAGGCAAUCCGAGUAGCCAUUGCGAUGACAAGCGGGGCCUACAAAACCAGUCUUGUCUCUUAUUUUACCCACCGGGAUCUCUUCCCAUCUUUGAUGAAGUAUGUUCAUGACUCUGAUACCCCAAUGCAAGUAUUUGAUCCAUUCCUUUUGCUGGGGCUCUUGGCAAACUACAACAAAUUUGAAUUUCAAAACCCCUAUCAGCUCCGACUUGAUGACUUUGUCAACGAGUCAAGUAUCCAACGCAUCGUCAAAGGUGUUGGCCUCGCCUGUGGUGGUUUGCGCAACGGCUAUAUUGCUGUGCAAGAUGACAUUCCCGAAGGCUGGUCCUUUACAAACACCUUGAUCUUCUUCGGACUUAGGGCCCUCGCGCCUGGCGCGCGAGAUAAAGCCAACCCGCCCACCGCGGAAGAGGCAAAGGCCAUGUUUGCUUCCUUGCCUGCACAAGAGUCCGCGAUUCUGCUUGCCACUUAUGACUUCGCAAAUUCAAACAAACUCUUCGGAUAUCACAUGGUCCACAUGCCUGGUGAAAAGAACGAAGAGUCACCGCUCUCGAAUUUCCUUUCUUUGACAUCAUAUCUCCUACAACAUGCUUACCGCUCCGUGCGAGUGGUACAUUACGCGGAGCUAAGCCUAUUCACACUACGCAUUCUCGUCGAGGACCCAACUCUCUGCAAGCACAUCUGCAGUGAAGACGGAAAACGCAAAGUCCGAAUCUGCCGCCAAAGGCAGCCAUAUCUCCCGGUUGUCGGGGGAGAUCGCGUAGUAGCCACAGUCAUCUUUGAUGUGAUGAUUGACACUAUCACGCACAAUCUCCGACGUCGGCUGGACGUGAACAUAUACAGCCACACAAUUGCCAUCACUCUCCGACUUCUCACGUAUUUAUCAAUGAACAAAAUCCGACUAAACUACCACUGGUCCGAGCUCUGGCGCACCCUUCUCUCCCUAAUGCGCUUCCUAACCACAUAUGCAACCGAUCUCAAUACAAACCCCCAAAUCCAUACCCUCACCACCUCUCUCGCAGAUCUUCUCGCCUUUUGCGUCUCAGGCGGCGAUACAUUCCUCCCAGAUCCAUCCUCCUACGAUGAUCUGUUCUACAAGCUCGUUGAAAUCGGGCCUGUUCUCACAAAAUUCAGAGAUGUCUAUUCCCUCAAAUCCACCCAAACUGCAAGCACCUCGACACCUUCAACCCCAGCCCCAACUACAGGAACUGCCCACGCGGCAGCAAUCGAUACUCUCCUCAGCGUAUCAACCCACUUCUAUACGCUGCUUUUCCAUUCCGAUAGCUCGGAUUCUACAGCUGCGGCUGCUGUCGUUGCUAGUCCCAAGGCUGACGAGGAGCCCACACCUGUCGCAUUGCCUUCUAUCAAAAAGAGGAACCUUAGCCCUCGAGAGGUGCAUAGGAUUAUCAAGCAAGGGUACGAGACGUUGAGUAUUCAGCCACCAGAGGGGCUGAGUACAUGGUCGCGAUGGAGGGAGACGGAGUGGAAGACUGAGCUGAAGAAGGCGGCUAGAGUGGCUGUUGAUGAUGCGAGGCAAUUGGUUGCUUAG